GCAACAAACAUUAGCGAGCUAGCCAGCUGCCUGUUAGCUGCUCUCAUGCGCAGCGUCGUUAGCCCGAACGUAGGCUCGUCGAUAGACAGCAAUGCAUUUCCACUCCGUAAAUGGCAAAGAUUUUCCUCGGUUGACGACGUUAAGUAAACUCCACCUGUCGUUUUGAAGCGCAAAAACGUUGCCUCAGUCUGUGCUCUCAUUAAGACAGAACUGACCAGCGGACGGGGCAGAAGGUUCUUUUCUCUGGGAAAAGUAGCUAACCUUAGCACGGUAACCUUAGCACCGGAGUCACUAGCGUCUCCUCUUGCCACGGAGAAGAACAGAGGGAGGCUGUAGAUAUGUGAUUGUGGGUUAGCUUGCUACAUAGCUCAUCUACUGUCUGCGAAUGAGCUCAUUUUACAGUUGGUGUAUGUCUCCGUGUCACAUCACUGAAACUACCCAGUCAGAGUGGAACUGAGGAAACCAGCCAGACAUCGCCACCAUGUUGGAGGAGGAUAUGGAAGUUGCCAUCAAAGUGGUGGUGGUUGGAAAUGGAGCUGUUGGCAAGUCCAGUAUGAUCCAACGUUACUGCAAGGGCAUUUUCACUAAGGACUACAAAAAGACUAUUGGAGUGGACUUUCUGGAACGACAGAUACUAGUAAACGAUGAAGAAGUGCGGCUAAUGCUGUGGGACACUGCUGGCCAGGAGGAGUUUGAUGCCAUUACUAAGGCCUACUACCGGGGAGCCCAGGCAUGUGUGCUCGUCUUCUCUACCACGGACAGGGAGUCGUUUCAGGCUAUUGACAGCUGGAGGGAGAAAGUGGAAGCAGAAGUUGGGGAUAUUCCCACGGUUCUGGUGCAAAACAAAAUUGACCUUCUGGAAGAGACUGUUAUUAAAAAUGAGGAGGCAGAAGCUUUGGCUAAAAGGCUUAAGCUGAGAUUUUAUCGGGCUUCAGUGAAAGAGGACCUCAACGUCAAUGAAGUGUUUAAGUACUUAGCUGAGAAGUAUCUUCAACGACUCAAACAGCAAACAGCAGAGGAGACAGAGGUGGUUCACACAACAAGCAAUAAAAUAGGUGUUUUUAAUACCACAAGUAGUAAUGUCCACAACCAGAGCUCCAGCAACGGCAGAGAAGUCAUCACUUUGCGACCUAACAAGCAGAGGACCAAGAAGAAUAAAAAUCCUUUUGGAAGUUGCAUCCUACUCUAGAAUGACUGACUGUUAUUUCAUAGAUCGGUCAUAGUUGUAUUCUUUGGAGGUAGCCACAGUUAGAGACCAAAGUCCACACAGACUGGGAAAUACUAGACUAUACUACGUUAAUAGCCUGAUGUUUAAUCUGUAUCCUGAGUUGUUUCCCCACAUUGGUGGUUGUAUUUCCUUUGAUUCAGCCUUGGUUCUUCAUCUUUGAUCUGCGCACAAAGCCUGUCAACCUUUGUACACACUUGGGUUUUCCUUGUGGUUGCCUUAAGAACCAGCAACAGCUGCAGCUCCAGUAUAUUGUGUCAUUUAAUAAACUGUUGCUGUGCCGUUCAAAACAAGCCUGUUCAGAAUGGUGAUGGUGAUAACAUAGAUAGUAGGACAGCUGAUUGUUACGAAACAAUGGCAAAUUUACACGACCACUUGUAUCUAGUGCAAUUGUACCGUAGAUUCAACAUUAAUUAGUCGGUUGCAUAAACUUACAAAAUGAAAUUUCUCCAGGAGAAUCCAUGUUAUGACGUGGCCAUUUUUGCAACCUGCCACUGUGCAUUGAUCAAUUGAUGCAUUGAUUCCAUUGACGAGUUGCCCACAAUCAGCUGUCCCAUACUGUUUCUCUUCUUUUGUUUCUCGCGGACCGCUUGUCCAAACGUCUUCACACUGCAGAUUCUUGGGUCCUCAGCAAUACACCCGCCAAGUGUGAGGUAGAUUGGAUAAACAGUUGUCGAGAAACGCAAAGAACAAACAUUUACAGAGGCGCCUUCAUUUAUUAGUGAGAUGAUGCCCCAAACAGGAUAUGUUAUGGCUGUAAGUGGAUUUCCCCCUAAUUACGGAGGAUUUUUGUAAUACAACUUGAACCUUUCAUCAAAAUAUCUAAAAGCAAAGGUUGCACUCUUACUCUGUGGAAGAAAAAAAAAAAAAGCUCCUGUACACGAUUUUUUAAAGUCACUCAUUCCUGUGUUUGACAUUUCAACUGUGCAAUAUGUUUGCAUGUAUUAUAAAAGAUAUACAGAUUAUUUUGUACCAUAUUUUUCUAACUGUCAACAGAAUAUGGUUCAAACUAUACUGUUUAUCCCUAUCGAAUCCAGAGUUUAAUGCGCAAGUAUUUUUGUACGAAGCACAACAGUGUUGAAUGAUAUCUCGUGCCAAAUUUCCUCUUUCCGAGCUGUGCUUAAAUAUUAACACUGCAGUGAUUUGGAUGUAACAUGAAAUUGAUAGAAUGUGCUCCUGUGUAUAACCAAAUAUCAAUAACCACUGGCACAAAUAGCCCUUUGUAUGUCUGCUUGCACUGCAUUAAUUUACGGAUUUAGUAACCAGAUUGUUUUUGAUGUAAAAAACGAGUUAAAUAAUGAGACUCUUCCCUAUGAGAGUCAUGUAUUCAGGUUUCAGUCAGUUAUAAAACUUUGAUUUUGAUUGCAAUUGUUUACAUUUUCCAUAUUUAACCAAUAUUUUUUGUUUACUUUGGUACAAAUAGGAGCUCAUUAGUCAGCUUCAGAGUUAAGUUUCCCUACUCACAGUACACAUUCAGAUUCCAUAAUAUUUCUAACAUUUCAUACACUAAACAUGGUACAAGAUUCUUUUAGGCUUGGCUUAUGUAGUUUCUUAUUAAUUUCUACGGUGUAAAUAUUAUUGAGCUGCUUUUUGAUUGAAAAAAGCGGAAGAGUUGAGACACACAGUUGGAAAGCAUAGUUGUGUCUGUGCCUGUGGUAUAGAGUCGAGGACAGAAUGUAAACUAAUGCUCUCUGAAGGGGUUACAAGCAGAACUGGAUAUUUUUGCAUUCGACGUGCUUGUGUGUGCCUGAAUAUGCAAGAAAAUGAAGUUUCUUCUCACGACUACAUCAGGGCGCUCCCUAAAAGAUUCCCCAAACGAAUGCUCAGUCUUGGAUACAGCUACCUGUAAACUCAAUGUUACAUGCCUUGCUUGCCUCAAGCCUUUUUUAAUUUUUUCCAAACUCAUUACCUGGAGAACACUGGUUUACCAAGCACAAGGAAAUGAUGUGAUGUAGAGAAGUCUUACAUUAAAUCUGCAGUCAGAAAUUAUUAGCAUUUCCUUACUAGUAGUCGAAUUUGUAAGUAUUUUACAUGGAAUUAGAAUACAUAGGGCGUCUGGGAAUACAUGUGCAUGCAUGUUUUUUGUCUUUCUAAAAACAUUUGUAACUGAUCUCAGAUCUGAGUUCAGAUGGGACUGAAUUCAUUCAUUUUAAUCACUCAAGUCUGUUUUGAAAAUUCCUAAAGGUGCUUAAAAAUGUGUUCAAACAGUUAAACCAUCGGUACUAAGAUUGUGUCGCAUCUCAAGCUUUCUUAUUUGGUUGCAUGUAAGCUGCGCUGUUUUCAGGAAAAAAAAGAGAAAGUGGUAUAACUUUUAUGCAUGCAAGCCUUUCUUUCCACAUCAGUGAAUGUUCGACCAUGGUUGCAAUGCCUUGUCUAUGUUUACAUUCUCCCUCUUUGACCACCAGUGAGCAUUUUAGUCCCUGCUCUGGCUGUUUGUUUCAAAUUUGCCUGCACAGUAAAUCUGUAAAUAAUUAUUUCUCAACUUUCUCUUAUUUGUAACAUUGUGUUUACCUUGUCUUUUGGCAGUUUGACGGAAUGAAUUUAGCGCACUUUAUCAUUGAGAUGGCAUAUAAUCUUAAAGAAUCGUAAGUUAAAACUAACCAUACUUAAGUGCUGUCACUCAGGUGUAAAUAAAAAAAAAAGUGUCUUACUUUUCAUCUGCUUUUUUUUUUUUUAACAUGACUUCAUAAAUCAGUUUCACACAUUUAGAUGGACAAACCAACACAUGAAUGCUUAGAGUUUGACAAAACCCGCAGUCAUUGCAGUUUGAAGUCUGAAGUGUGCCACACAACUGCUCACCUGAUGUUGUGUUUGGAGGUAAUGUUUGAUGGCAAUCUGACAUUAAGAAAUAAAACUUUACUUUUUUCUUGGG